AAACGGGCACGUCAAGAGGGGGGAGGAGCCUUACCAUAGGGACUAUAAGAGGAGGGCGUUAAGCGUGGGAAAUGUCAGAGAAAGGGGAGGCUGCUACGGAGGAAACUGAGGCACAGAGAGGGCAGGUGGCUUCGCCCAAGUCACACGUCUCAAACGGUGGAGGCCCAGUCAGAGGAAGCCGCGUCCCUCGGGGCUGAGGCCCGGCCAGGGGCCGCAUCCAGGUCCUGACUCCCUUGGUUGCCCUAGCGCCCGCCGUCCAGCAGGGAGCGCGCGCUCAGGAGCCGCGGGGGCUUUUGGGGGGAGGGUUGGAACGAGCCGAGGCCUCCGCGACCGCCGCUCUAGCUCGCCGCUUCCGGUCAUAGAGCCUGGCCGGCCGUCCCUUCCGGGGAGGAGCCGGAUGUCCGGGAUCGGUUGCCAAGAUGGAGGACAGUGAGUACGAGUCGAUUCUCUGCGUCAAGCCGGAGGUGCACGUCUACCGCAUCCCUCCGCGGGCCACCAACCGCGGCUACAGGGCUGCAGACUGGCAGCUGGACCAGCCAUCAUGGAGUGGGCGGCUGCGGAUAACAGCAAAAGGGCAGAUGGCUUACAUCAAACUGGAGGACAGAACUUCAGGAGAGCUCUUCGCCCAGGCACCUGUGGAGCAGUUUCCCAGCAUUGCCGUGGAGAGCGUGACAGACUCGAGCAGAUAUUUUGUUGUCCGGAUUGAGGAUGGAAGUGGGCGGCGAGCAUUUAUUGGCGUUGGCUUUGCUGACCGCGGGGAUGCCUUUGAUUUCAAUGUAGCGCUGCAGGACCAUUUCAAGUGGGUGAAGCAGCAAUGUGAAUUUGCCAGACAAGCCCAGAACCCGACCUCUGGCCCCAGACUAGACCUGAGCUUCAAGGAGGGCCAGACCAUCAAGCUCAACAUUGCGAAUGUGAAGAAGAAGGAAGGAUCAGCAGGAAAUGCCAAGUCCCGGCCAUCUAACAGUGUAGGAAUGAGCCUCCUGCCGCCUCCUCCCCCAGGGGGUAGAGUUUCUGCUCAGCCCCCUCCCAGCAGAGAGCACUUCCCUGGAGGAGUGGCCCAGGCCCAGCCAGCAGCUGCUGUAAGUACAGAUGCCACUUCACCCUGGCCACAGCUCAACCCCACCACUGCUGCAACAGCCGAUGUCUGGGGCGACUUUGCCAAAGCCUCAGGGUCCACUUCAGGCCAGACUCAGCAGAGCUCAAACUGGGUCCAGUUCUAACCUGGACCCAGCUUUUGCUUUCCCAGUAUGUCUCCGGGGGAAGAAGCAUCUUUACUGUGGACCAAAGGGUGGAGGAUCCAGAUUUCCUCCACCUCUCCAUUUGGAACGUGCCUCCUUUGCGUCUUCCUCCUUUGCCUCCUUCCUCUGUCUCUGUGGCAUUGCUUGUCUGGGCGUUGUAGAAGACUUCAGGAUUCAGCACUGAAAACAGAGACCCCAGGGGCAGAGAGCCCCAGAGGAGAGGCCCAAGAAACUGAGGCCAUGUCCUCCUCUCUUCCUCCAGGGUCGGAUAGGGGCUGGGACUCUGGCUGCAGGCCUUUCUGGUGCAUAUCCAUUAUCUAAUGCAGACCCAAGAGAUAGGGGUCAGUUUGCUUCCCGGACUGAAGCCGCUAACCACAGUGUUUACAUGUUUAACGUGAGGGCUCAGUUGGCUCUGGGCUGGUUCCUCUGCCCCACCCCUUCUCCUUCCACCUUAGUUACUAAAGUCAGGUCUCAGUGUGCCCCAUGGGAAUGGAGGCACCCGUCCAGGUUUCCUAGUAGCCUAAAGGGUGAGAAGGCCCCUUGGGAGGAGAUCAGGAAAAACCCCAUUUGUAUUAAGCCUUUCUUUUCUAAUGUUUGCUUUGCCGAUCUGCAUAAUCCACACUAACCAUGGGGAACCAUCCCUUCCAGGACCUUGGGAGGGAUCCACCUCUGGCAGCUAUGGUGCCCACCUGCUCUUCAGACUCCCCCUCCUCAGGGGUUUCAGGGGCGCCCCAAGCUGCCAAGCAGAAGCUGGAGGUGUUGGGCGGGCAACUGGAAGCUGCUCUGGGAGAGUCAAGCCCAGCCUGUACUCACUCGGGAGGCCCUUUUCUCCAGGCCCUGCCAAGGAGACCCUGCUUGGGCUGGGCCUGUUCUGGGUGGUUUCUGAGUGCCUUGUUGUCUAAGGACAACCGCUUUCUUCUCCUUUUCUUCUAUGUGCACUGUGAAUGAAAGCUAGGAGCCUUGUGGAGGGAAUCGGGGCAGGUGUUACCUGCACUACUGUGUUGAAAGUAAUUGUAUCUCUGCAAGCCUCUGAAAUUCCUUUUCACAUCUUAUAUGUUGUCUUUCAUUGAAAAUGGUUCGGGUUUUUUGGAUUAGAUGUUUUGCUUGGAAGUCCUGAGUAAUGGAUAAAGACCAUGAGCAACUCUUUUUAUAGCGUUAGAGUGAAGAUUUUUUAGAUAAGAAAAGUGUUUGCCUUUACUAGUUUAUGUCAAGGAUGAGAAUGUUUUUGACCAUGUAUGUGCUUAAUGUGUGGUUCUUAAGUGCCUUCAGCUUCUUCUCUGUGCCUGCUCAGUAGAAGUUUGGUUUCUGAAGCAAAAUGUGGAAAUGUGUGUUGACUUGAAACCAGCAUAUUUUUUAAGUGCCUAGAGUAAGUCAGUCCCUGGUGGAACAAGCUGGAUGAGAAUAAAUGAUAUUUGGACGCA